UUUACUCCAGACGGGUUUACUGUUCUGUUUUUGCUGCCUUCGGCCUAAACUUUGCUGUGCUUCAGUCGUUAGCAACGCAGCUAACUGACUAGCACAGAAACAUGGGGAAAUAAGUAUUUGAUACACCGAAGAUUGAUCAAGUUUCCUCUUGUAGGUGUGCAAUGUUUCAUCGCUUUCACCUCAACUUUAAGGGACGGUAUCUAAAAAAUUGCAUUGUAUGAUUUUUAGAUAAUGUUUUUACAUAAUAAUAAGUAUUUGAUCAUCAAACAACCAGCAGGAGUUAACUGUCCUACCCUCCACUCAUUACCUGGUAUAAAAGACACAUGUUACUAAGGUAACCAUAACUCACUACUCCAUCAUGGGUUAAAAUCCUACAGUGUAUUUAAAGAUUCCAAGCUCGUGUCCAGCCCCGUCUGAAUUAAGAUGAACAUCUGGACAGACCAGAUUAGGCUUGGAAAGGUCAUGAGGUCAGAUGAGACCAAAACAGAACUUUCUGGAAUGAAGUCCACUCACUGUGUUUGGAGGAGGAAGAAGCAUCCCAACUGUGAAGCAAGGGGGUGGAAGCAUCAUGCUUAGGGGCUGACUGUCUGUAAAGCAGGCAGGAUGGCUGCAGUGUACUGAGGAGAGGCUGGACGGGUCAUCUGUUCAGAAACAGAACAUUUGGAGGGAACUAGCAACAGGCCCUGAAACCUGAGCAAUCUGAAGAUCAGUAUGUAGGAGUGGACCAGAACCACAGGAGACAUCUGACCUCUGACCUGGAAACAAAAGGUUCUGGAGCAAAUAUUAAGAUCCUGUCUCUUCAAUGUUGAGCGUUGGGAACCAGAAGACUUCUGUGUCCGAUUCACGGCUGUAAGCGUGUUUACAAGGAGCAGAGCGCUCUGGAGAGUCACAUCAUGGACCACGAGAGCCCGGCUCAGUCCCUGCCUGGUAAGAAGCUGCUGUGCUCCACCAGCGGCUGUAGUGCCUCCUUCCCCAGCAUGCAGAAACUGAUGGAACACACCAGGCAUCACUACAAGCCUAACAUCUACUUCCAGUGUGAGAGCUGCCGCACCAAGCUGCGCUCCUACCGGGGCCUCCUGGCCCACCUGCACACCUGCUCCAAGGUGCCGAGGGCCAAACCAAAGGCUGCGGAGCCGGUGCCCCCCCUGCUGGCUGCUGUGGCUGCCUCCAACCCAGUCCCCAGGACCUCUGAGCUGGCCCCCCCACAGCUGGAGUCGGUGUCUCCACAGCAGGCUCCCAUCCAGACCACAUCAGUCCCCUCUGCUGUCCCUGUGCCGGACUCUGCUGACCCUCCUGUGCUUGGGCCCCCCAUGUUGACUCUCCAGGAAGUCCCCCUUCCCCAGCGCGUUGAAGCCCCCCCACAGAGCCCUCUCAGGGAUUCAGCCACUAAGCUGCCGGCCAGCUUCAGGCCCAUAGCUCCCAAAGCGGCUGCAGACCCGGCUGCUCCAGGAUCAGCUACUCACCCUGCCUCCGCUGCUGUCUGGAGGAAGAAUCAAGCUGUGUCGAGCCACAGACGUGUCCUUUGGGAGCACACCAGGGGGCGCUACACCUGUGUCCAGUGUGGUCACAUCGUAACCAACCGCAAGGAAAUGACUCAACAUAUCAACAGUCAGCACCAUGGCAACAAGUCUGGAGAAGAAGCAGGAAGUUCUGUCCCCAAGUCUUAGCUCAGGUUUUCAUCAGUUCUACAGCUGGGUGAGGAGAGGCGGGGCUAAUCCAGACAAAAACCUAAACAUCUGCCUGAUCACCGUUCACAUGGCUACGCUGACAUCAGUCAGUGAAUAUUGACUAAAUGUAAUUCUUACUGCUUGAACUCCAAAAAUUUACAUUUAAGCAAACUGAUAUUUAGCAUUAGAUCUGAUUCAAUGUUAGUAAUUGACUAAUACAUAAUGCAACAACAUAUUGUGAUCAUUAUUUUCCUGGUAAUAAAUAACAUGUCUUGGUUUGGCUCCUAACUUCUACUUUUGGCAGUGCAUUGUCUGGUGAAAGGAAGGUGUAAUAUACCUUUAAGAACAUCUGCAUGAGACAGAUAUUCUUAUGUGAAAACAUGUUUAAAUACUGGCAGUAAAAACAGACUUAAAAUCUG